UUCGAUUUGAUUUAAAAAAUCGUAUCAGUUAAAUUUGAACCGGUUGCAGUUACGGUGGCUUCGAGAGUGGCAGCCAAUUUAUUGCACUUUAUUUUCUAGCGGGUCGUUAGUACUUUACUGUUUGUUGCACUUGACGAACAAUUUUUAUAGACAAAGCGCGUCGGAUCGCGUCAAGCAGAAUUAACUAUAGCAGACUUAUUAAUAGCUUACGCAAGCAGUCUACGUUUAAAUGACCAGAAAGCGAAGCUGAGCCCAAUAACAAACAACUAUAGAGCACAAAAAUGCAAUACGAGUGUUUGCUGAUAUGCGCACUGUUAGCCGGCAAUUCGCUUGCUGGCAGUGACAUUCAGCGCCAUAGACGUGCUGCCGUUGACGUGGACAAUGGCCACGCAAAAGAACAACACACUCUUAUCGAUCUGCCGGACUGCCAGGAUCUGCGCAAGUACUGCACGCAUCAGAAGACCACGGACAAUCUUGCAAUGCUGGAAUGCGCGACCAGCUUCAGCUCCAGUCAGUUAGAGGCGUUGCCCGAUGGCUGCCAACACGCACUAUGGCUGCAACAGCGCCAGCUGCAGAGCGACAGUUGGGUGCAACAGGUUCUGCUACCCUCCUACUGCCCUGAGGAGCAGACCAACUUGUUGAGCUGUAUGAAUGCUGUCGACGUGUGGAGCUGCCUCGAAGACAAGCGCAUACUGAUGCCUUCGAGCAGUGGCUGCCAACAAGCACUGAGGCGGGCACACGCAUCGCUGGUGCCAGAACAUGCCGAUGUCGUUGAUUUCUAUAACGUUUGUAGCGAUGUAGUGGAGCAAUUGCAUUGCGGACGCAUGAAUGUGGAGCAUUUGCCAUCCGCUCUAUCCCAGCUGUCCACAGUGCAGUGUUUACAGGCUGCAGCAACCAAAACGCCAAUCGAGGGUCCUUGCAAAAUUGCCAUCAAUGUCAUUGAGCAACAGCGCGGCAUGUUAGAGCUGUUCCACACAUGUGCUGCGGAUUUGUCGGCACUUUGUCCAAAGGAACACAUUGGAACGGCCGGUGCUUACAAGUGUCUGGUCAAGCACAAGAACGAUCCAAAGCUCACUAAAAACUGUGCCUCAAAGAUAGCUCAACGUGAUCAGCAAAUGGGUCGAGACUAUCGUGUGUCGCAUGGCCUGGCCAAGGCGUGCAAAGAGGACAUCAAGCUCCACCAUUGCCGCCGUGGCGUCUCUGAAGACAAACAGGUGCGACUAGCGCAAAUUUUGUUGUGCCUGGAGUCAGUGGCCAAGAAUGGCACAAAGGUCACGUUGGCGCCUGAAUGCCUGGUGGAGAUAAGCGAUCAUCGUCGCAUGCUUUUGACUGACUAUCAGCUAUCACCAGAGCUGCUUAGCGAUUGCGCCGAUGACAUACCCAAAUUUUGUCCCGAGGAGCAUAAAGCACAGUUGGUAAAUGGUUUCACUAGCACUGGCGGGGAAAUUAUACACUGUCUGAUGGAUCAUGUACGUGCUCGACGGCCCCAACGACGUGUAACAGCCCAGUGCCAACGCGGCCUGGAAAUGCUUAUUAAGGUCAGUGAUGCUGGGGAGGACUGGCGAGUUGAUCCUGUGCUAAGACGCGCUUGCAAACCAGUGGUGGAUGUGGCCUGCAAAGAUGUUGAAGGCGGCGAGGCGCGUGUCAUGAGCUGCCUGCUGGAACACAUAGGUUCGCAAAUGAUGUUGCCCGAGUGCGAGCAGGCGCUGCUUCUAAUCGAGUACUUUGUGGCGCGAGACUUUAAAUUAGAUCCACAGUUGUAUAAGCAUUGCAAGGAUGAUGCCAUCAAAUAUUGUCGUGCCAAGCGCCACUGGGAUGAUUCACAGGAUCCCCAAAUGGAUCCCGAGCGAGGACCUAUGAUACUGCCCUGCUUGCAUCGAAUGGCUUACAAUGAGGACGAUCAACAAACGCUGCGCAAGGAUUGCUUCAAGGAGGUGAAACGUGUGAUGAGACAGCGCGCAAUAUCUGUGGAUCUUAUGCCCGAGGUAGAGGACGCCUGUCUCUCGGAUUUGUCGCUUUUCUGUGCCGAUCGCACUGAAAAGGGUGCCGAGAUGGAGUGUCUACAAAACAAACUGGAGGAACUAACGCCUGACUGCAAGGCAGCAGUUACAAAAUUUACUGAAGAAGAAGCAGGAAACAUAGAGCUCAAUCCGGUUAUAAUGGCAGUUUGUGGUCAGGCAAUGCAACAGCACUGUUCAGAUAUCCUCAAGAGUGGCAAAGACAAAGGAGAAAUGAUGGACUGUCUGGUGGCCCAUAAAAAUGAUGCUGAUCUACGUCAGGACCUUCAUUGCCACGCCGCCAUCGAACACUUUCAAAUCAUUUCGCUGAAAAGCUAUCAUUUUACCUACAAAUUCAAGGAGGCCUGUCGACCAUAUGUGACUCGAUUUUGCGCUGCCAGCGCCACCAAGAACGAGGUCGUUGCUUGUCUCAGUGAGGUGAUGCGCAAUGAUACAAUACGUGGAAAGCGACACCAAAUACCCAAGGAGUGCCGACAACAGGUCAAGUCUCAGCUAUAUCAACAACGUGAGAGUAUUGUGCUCGAUCCCAAGCUUGGCAAGGCCUGCAAACGCGAGUUAGAGAACUUCUGCUCCGAUAAAAAGGGUCCCGGUCAGGUGAAUAAAAAUGCUCUCGAGUGCUUGAUGCAACAGACACCACGUCUGGGUAUGGAUUGCCAUCACGCCAUCUUCAUGGUGAAGAAAUCCGAGCUAGCAGACAGUGAAACCGAUUAUACACUGAUUAACACCUGUAAAGAAAUGACAUACAAAUUUUGUCCAGACACCGACUCUGUCAAACUAUUGAGCUGUCUAAAAACGUACAAGGAUGAUCCACAAUUUGAUCCGCGUUGCCAUUUGGUGGUGGUCAAUCGUAUGAUAGAACAGAACACGGAUUUCCGCUUUAAUCCAACGCUGCAGAGUGCCUGUGGCAAGAAUAUUGAUCGCUACUGCUCGAAUAUUGUGGCCACGGCGCAGCCAAACGAGGAGCUCAACGGGAAGGUCAUAAAAUGUUUGAAGGCGAAGUUCCGGGAAUCUCGAUUGGAUGAGCAGUGCGCUAAGGAAAUGAUUAAAAUAUUGCAGGAGCAGGCGUUGAACUAUAAACUGAAUCCGUUGCUGCAGCAUUUUUGUAAAUCAGAAAUUCAGGAGCUAUGCAAAAUGCACAUGGACGCCGAUGAGCAUGGACAGGUAGAAGAGUGCCUCAAAACAGCCUUUUUGCAGAAGCAGCUUAUCAAUCGCGAAUGCCAGAUGGAGGUCGCCUCUCUAAUUGUAGAGGGCAAGGCAGAUAUUCACGUUGAUCCCGUACUAGAGACGGCGUGUACGGUGGAUUUGUUGCGCUACUGCUCCAAAGUUAACAGUGGAAGUGGACGCAAAUUAACAUGUCUACGGAUGCUAUUGCGGGAAACGCCGAAUUCACUCGAUCAAGACUGUCGGCAGAAGUUGCAGCAACGCAUUGAAAUGUUUAACAAUGCCGACAGUGCAUUGGGGCCGCCUGAGGACAUGCAGCAGCUAGUGCAACAGGUUGUCACAUCACCUUCGCGGAAGUAUUUCCUUGUGAUAUUGAUAAGUGCGACAGGCAUGGUCUUUUUCAUGGGAAUCUUUCUGGGACGCGCCACCAAACGUGCAAUGAGCUUAAAGAAUAAGUAGACUGUAGUGAGUAAAUAGUAGCUGAGUAGUAGCUUAAAGUCUAAAUAGUAGUCAGAAACUGAUGAUAAAACGAAUGAAUGACUUAAUUUUUGUGCUAGCAUGAAAGUAAUGAAUAGCGCUUCCUUUCCAAUGUAAAUCCCGCACAUAAUAUUUUUGUAUAUGUUUUCAUUGAGUUUUCCAUUGCGUACAGCUAUUUUCAUAAGCAAACUGUGGCUUAAUCGUUUGUAAGACCAAAAAAGUGUAUUUUGAAUUGUAUAAAUUGUGUUUUUUAUAAAUUGUA